CGUGCAUGUGAUGUGUGAGCUGCGGCGUGCCCGGCGCGGCGCUGGGUAAAACCAAGCCCAAUCCUGGGGCUGGGAGCGGCCUCCUCCUCCGGUCGUCCCCCAUCCGCCCGGCCCGGUCUCCUCGUGCCCCUGAAAAAUGGCGCCAACCCCUACCCAAUCUCCCGCGCGGCCUCCCGCUAUUUCUCCAUCUCCUGACCUAACCGCACCCAAACCCUAAGCCCCCCACCUGAUGACCGACCCCAUGGCGUCGCUGCCCAAGCCGCCGCCGCCGCCGCCGCGGCCCAAGACGCGGGGCAGCUACAACUGCGGCCGAUGCGGCCAGCCCAAGAAGGGCCACGUCUGCGUCGGCCCCGUCCCUGCCGCGGGGCCCGGCGCCGUCCCUAGCCCGUCCCCAUCCUAUUCCUCCGGGGCCGCCAGCGUCGGCGGCGGCGGGGAGCAGAGGCUUCGCCGCGCCCUCUCCUUCGACGAUGCGGGGACGCCGUCCUCGCCGGAGAAGAAGCCGAAGGUGGAGGAGGGGGAUGGGGACGUGGAGAUGGAAGGCGGCGAGGGGGAGCUGGAGGAGGAUGGGGAGGCGAUGGAGGUGGGCGGGCGGUCGGUGCCGAGGGAGGUCAUGGCGGAGGUGCUGCGGCGGCUCGGGCCCAGGGGGGUCAUGGCCGCCGCGGGGGUCAGUCGCGGCUGGCGCGAGUGCGCGGACCGGGUCUGGCGAGCAACGGAGGAGCUCCGCCUCCGCGCCGCGGGCGUCGGGCUAGUCGGCGCGCUGCUCCCACGGUGCCCCGUGCUCUCGCGCCUCUCUCUCCGAAUGGAAAGUGAUGUUGAUUCCACUACGCUGGCAUGUCUUGCAUUUUCUUGCCCAAGUUUAAAAACUCUCGAGAUUACCAUGGCUGCCAAUGCAGUCAACAGGAUGACUGGAGAGGACCUAAGUUGUUUUGUUUCAGAGAAGUGUUCUCUCUCAGUCCUCAAAAUUGGUGGUUGCUCUAAUUUGGAUUUUCUUAAUCUAAGCUCUUCAAGCCUUUCAAUUCUUUGGCUGUCAGAUCUUUGUUCCCUUUCAAAAUCGGUCAUGAACUGUCCUAGCAUGAGUGAGCUCUCACUGUGCUUCGCACAACAAAGUAAUGAUUGUACUGAUAUGGUUACUUUGAUGGAUGGCCUGGGGCGAACAUGCCCUAACUUGAAAAAUAUGCACAUAUCAUCAAGUCAAUUAUCCAAUGAAGCUGUAUUUGCUCUAGAGAGUGCUAAGCUCAGGGGAUUGUGUAUGUUAUCCUUGAUUCUAGGUUCAAAUAUAACAGAUGCAGCUGUUGCAUCUAUUGUUCGAUCGUGCACAAGCUUGGAGUUGCUUGAUUUAAGUGGAUCUAGCAUCAGUGAUAAUGGUGUCGGGAUGAUCUGUAAGGCGUUCCCUCAUACUUUAUCAAGGCUGCUCCUUGCUCUUUGUUCGAAUGUGACCACACGUGGGAUCCAGUUAGCCACAGCACAGUUGCCACAUCUUCAACUCAUGGACUGUGGAAUGAGCCUAUGCGCUAAUUUUAAGAAUGAAAAAGAGGGGCCAUAUUUUGGUGAAAUCAAUGGAGGCAUUAGAUUUAUUCGAAAAUCAUCCACCCCAAAAAAGCAACCUAUUCACCAAAAGCUUAUUAUAAAGCAUGGUAAUUUGAAGAAACUCAGUCUAUGGGGUUGUUCAUCGAUAGAUGCUCUAUAUGUAAAUUGUCCAGAAUUAAAUGAUCUCAAUCUCAACUCUUGCACAAAUCUACAUCCAGAACGUCUGCUUCUCCAGUGCCCAAAUUUGAAGAAUGUCCAUGCAUCUGGAUGCCAAGAUAUGUUGAUUGGGGCAAUCAGAAAUCAGACACUGAUAACCUGCAAGUCACAAAGCCUAAUCAAGCAAUUUAUAUGAACUGGGGGGUCUAGCAUGGAGUGAGCAGCAUUGGAGAUGAAGGUGUACCAGGCUAUAUUUGCUAUAGGCAUUCCAUAGCUUAGAAACCAUUCAAUUGGCAUUGGUUCCUGUACAUUGUAACAGUGGUGUCCCAUGUAGUGUGUACUGAUGUAACUUAAUUCUCUCAACACACUGGAAGCGGUUAUGCCACUCCCCCUAAAAAACACAUUCAUAUACGUCAUUGACUCAGUUCCAGGCCCUCUUAACUAUACAGGGCAUAUGCUCAACAACCCACAUCCUGGAUAGACAAGUUGUAAUAGAGCACCACCUGUACACCCUAACCCUAGCAGCACUAAUCAUUAUCCUGAAGGUUUUUGAGUUA